AUGCUAUACACACUAUCGCCAUCACUCAACUUACCGAGACAACGCCGAGAAAAAUUACAAUUAUUAAUCAUUCAAAAUUUACAAAUUGUACUGGUAAUGGUAAUGUUACACAGGCAUCGUUUACAGUUCGCAAAGGGUGUUCAGAAUGUUACCUGUGAAACAUUAAAUGUUACAAGUUUAGAAGCCAGUGUUCGAAUUGUUAUUCUGAUUCCGAAACCGAGUCAUCGUCAUGUGAAAAGUGGUGCAGCAGCAGCUAGAGUUGAUGUUGGUAAGCGUCGAACAGUCACAACAAUUCGUGUCCUUCUUCAACAACAGACAGUAAAUGGUCUUAAAAGUGGAAAAUAUUCCGGCAUAAUUGCUGCCGGUAGCCAUAGUUUCAAUGGGAAAACAAUGACAAUUGAAUACGAAUUAAAUUACGGCACAAGUAAAGGCGCAUGUGCUACUCCUAAUAAUGAACGACAUGCUGGUGGACUGAAAGAAGUUAAUGGAACGGGUAUAUUAACAGUUGAAUAA